AUGAUUCCUUUAGCUGUGAACGCACGACUUCCUGUGAAAAAUGGGAUUGACGACCACAAGCUAUUGCUCCAUCGAAUACGGGAAAUAGCCAAGUACGAGUACGUGAUAAUGAUAGGAAAUGGUCCUGAUGUGUCUAAAGUUGUUCCGCGGUUUCCAAACUACGUCGGAGGAGUCUCUUCCUACAAAGGCAGGUUUUUUCCGAAGAUGCUUGAGUUACAGAUAGCCAUGCAGGGGUAA